AUGGGGAUCGGACCCAUGACCUUCUCUUUACGAGAGAGACGCUCUGCCACUGAGCUAAGCCGCCUUAUAUUAUUAUUACCUAUUUCUAUCUUUACACUUAGCUUAUAUAUAUUUAUUAUCUUCCCUAUUUAUUAUGUUAUUAUUUAUCAUCUUUUUACCUUUAUAUCUUUUUAUUACUUUAUUAUACAUCUACUAUACACUUCUUACUAUUACUAUUUCCUACUUAUUACUAUUUACUUAUUACUUCUUACAUUACUUCCAUUUCUUACUUAUUACUUAUUACUUCUUACUUAUUACUUCUUACUUAUUACUUCUUACAUCCUUUUACUACUUACUACUUACACCUACCCAUCUAUUCAUAACGGUUCCAUGGUGUAUGGGCAGCAUAUAAGAUUUUGGUUCUUAGGACCCCAGUUCGAAUCUGGGUGGGACCACUUUUUAUGUAUAUAA